GCCAACGGUAUUGUUACGCUAAUUGCUGCUCAUAAUAAUAUUUAAACCUAGAGAUUAUUCUGUUAACGACUCCGUCCUAAUAUUUCAUUCGUUUUUUGAUGAUUACUUUAAGUGGUAUAUCUAAAGAUAAUAAAGAUUGAAAUUUUCACCGAUAUGCCAAGAGAAGACAUUCAGUAUUCGGCCAAAUACGAAGACGACAUUUAUAUUUACAGACAUGUUAUAUUACCAGAAGAUGUAGCCAAACAAGUACCCAAAACUCAUUUGAUGACCGAAACAGAAUGGCGAAAUUUGGGCAUCCAGAUGACAUCUGGAUGGGUUCACUAUAUGCGAUACAAUCCUGAACCUCAUAUUAUACCCUUUCGGAGGUAUAAAAAUAAUCCUUUGACAUAGUAAGUGACAAAUGAUUUCUUCAAGCAAGACUUUUGAUACAAAUUUUAUACUUUGUUAGCUAGUUAUUUUUUCUAAAUGUUUAUAAAUGUGGUAUUAUAUUUAUAUAUUAUGUAUAUACAAUAAAAUAAAAUAAAAAUGUGUUCCUAGUGUCUAGUUAUAUGAUGUACGUAAAUUAUAACUGCCAAUACAUGUGACGAUUUAUAGAAUAAAAAUAUAUUAAUUUUGAA